AUGGCGUUUUUAUUCAAACGAGAUCCCAAGAACCCUCAUGAGUUAGUGAGAGCUUUGAACGAACAACUAAUCAAGCUCGAUUACACCAACGAUCCAUCGAGUUAUAAAAAACACCAGGAUGAACUGGGGCGAUAUCUAAAACAAAUCAGAGCCAUUAUUUAUGGCGAUGACGAGAAUGAACCUCAACAAGACCAAAUCCAAAUACUAUUAACUGAGAUCCUACAAUCUAAUAACUUGUACUUGUCAACAUUCAAUUUGAGUAAGUUGGAUUUCGAUUCCCGAAAAGACGUGGUUGUCAUGUAUUCAAGUUUGUUGCGACGAAACUCAUUGAAUGGUAUUAAACAAUCAAGCACCACCUCAUUGUCCCCUCCACCUGUUGUGGAUUAUCUAGUUCUGGUGCAACCUAAAAUAUUGGACUACUUAUUGAGAAGCCCUGAACACCCUGACAUAGCGCUUGUUGCAGGCCAGAUAUUGAGGGAUUGCUUAAAGUUUGAAAAGAUUAACAAGUACAUCCUAUACAGCCCCAAUUUUUGGAAUUUGUUCAAAUAUGUCGAAAAUCCAACAUUUGAAAUUGCAUGUGAUGCUAUGAUGACCAUGAAUGACGUGUUGACUGUUCAUAAAAAGUUGGUUUCCGAGUUUUUGGCCAAUAACUACGAAUCAUUUAUGACAAGGAUGAACGGAUUGAUCAAAUCGAACAAUUAUGUCACGAAACGACAAAGCGUCAAGCUUCUCAACGAUCUAGUGUCUCAGAAAGCCAAUCUACAAUUUUUGCAUAAAUACUUUGCUGAUACUAAGAAUCUUAAGUACACAAUGUUGCUUUUAAGUGAAAAGCUGAAAAAUCUUCAGUUAGAAGGGUUCCAUCUCUUGAAGUUUUUUGUUGCCAAUCCGAAAAGGACUUCCAAAGUUAAUGAAACACUAAUAAAAAAUAAGUCUAAUUUUCUUGAAUUUUUCAAAACAUUUGACAUUGCUAGUUUUCAUGAUUCCAGUUUACUUGAGGAGAGAAAUUACAUCAUCAAGCAGAUUGAGGAAUUACCCGAUAAGAAUGCACUUAACUAA